UGAAGCUCUGCUAUCUUUAGCACUGCCACGGAUUACUGUACGCAGUGUGUCACAGACUGCGUCCCGGUUCUACCUGCUCUGCUUAUCGCUGUGUGUAACGUUACUCUGCGCUGAAGCUUUGUCGAAUGAAAACAAAAUAUCAACAUCAAACAGAAGUGAUGGGGAAAUGACAACAAACUCCGUCCCCGUUUGCGGUUCUCCGUCCCCGAGAAGACCCCAAGGAUGCUGCUGCUCUCCAGCCCGCGGAACGGACGCCUGCGCCGGGCCUCGCUGCUGCUACUCGCCACGGUCCUUAUCUGUGUCGUCCCUGUCAGUGCUAGCCUUCCAGCUGGCAGUAAGUGCCCCCAUCCUAUAGACUGUGCCAAAGAGGGACGCCACUUCUGUAGGCCUGGCUCCUCACAAUGUGGCCCCUGCCUCUCCCCAUUGGAGGAGAAUGAAGAAGGACGCUGCCUGGUGAGGAAUAGACACCAUCAGCAUGGUAAAGUGACAUUCUACCCUGACGUGGAUGAAGAGAUUGAUUACCUUCACUCCGUCAUCGAAAAACAGGAAGUGACAGAGAUUAGACCACCAAAAAAGCACUCCAAACAUCCUGCUGCCAUCACCUCCCAAACAGAUGUUAAAAACAUCAAGACAGAUUCCUCCAAACAAAAACCGAAAAGCCAGGAUCGUAUCUCAGUAGAAAACGUGCAUGCUCCCACUACGGCCCCCCGCCCUGUAGUUUCUGCCCUUCCUGACACACCAACCCCCCAGCCCAGGGCCACUGGAGUGGCGGGCCGCACCGGUCCUAUAGCUGUGCCAGCAUCCAAAAAUGACAACAUUAUUGUCAUUAUGAUCUCGCUGUUCGUGGUGGUGGGCGCUGGGGCAGUGAUCCUGGCAACCGUCUGUUACAUAAAGUUGCAGAAAGAAUCGCGUAUGGCUCAGAAGGUGGACUACCCUGCUUUCGGAGGGGCAGGCGUGCCCCCUGCCACAGCCAACGGUUCCUCGAUCGGAGAUAAGACUCUGGCCCAAAGUGCUCAAAUGUACCACUACCAACAUCAGAAACAGCAGAUGCUCUCAAUGGGAAAUAACAAACCAGAGCAGAAAGUCCUUGACACCGAGGUCACAUCAGAUGAGGAGGAAGUGGGAGGAGACUUCACAGUAUACGAGUGCCCUGGACUUGCACCGACUGGAGAGAUGGAAGUGAAGAACCCUCUGUUUGAUGACUCGACUUUACAUUAUCAGGGGAAUCACAAGUGAAUGCUGAACACUUUACACCAAACAUAUAUAUAUAUACACACAGGCAUACAAGCCACUUCUCUGGAAGAAACCACUUAAUCUCACACUGCAUGCAUAGAAACGGAGGAUCCUGGCAGAGGAGGUGAUAAAAAUGAUUGUUUUCUUGUCGGCCCUUUACUAUAUCUACCCCGAGAACGGCUUUUAAUACUACAAAUGUUGGAUUCCUUAUUAAUUUAUUUCUGUCACUUAUUUGGAGCGUUCCUUUCUUUUAACAUAAGGUUUUCAGUGGGUUAGACCCUGUUUAAUGUUAACCUCUUAAGUUAAGAUUUUCUCCUCCACUUGUGUUACUUUCCUUCAUUUCUGCAGCUAUUUCCAAAGAAUGUGAUACAAUAGCAGACAUGUGUACAACACACAGACAUAGAAAUUGGUGCCCUCCCUUGUUUUGUCAUGCAUAGGUAGUGACCACACCACUUUCCUAACAGAUACCCAGGAAAUGUUUAAAUCAGAUCUCUGAUACCUCUGUAAAAACUCCCUAGCACAACACAAGAAGCAUUGGAAAUGUUACCGCUGGUGUUCCUCAUUUUAUUCCUUGUCAUAUAAGCUGCACAUAAAGAUUUUAAGAUUAUAGAAUAUAAAUAUACAAUAUAUGAAAAUGAAAAUGAAGUACUUGAUGAUGUCUGUUUGCAUGGUUUGACUGUACUGUGUUUGAAUCAUAGCAAUGCUUUGAUGAAUCAUUCGGCCUCUUGUAUGUAUGCAUCCUGCUGCUGGAGGAGAAAUGUACAGUAAAAGCGAUUUAUGAGCACUUAAACGAAAUGAAGGUGACGGACUAUACUGGUGGAUGUGUAGGUGGUAAAUAUCACUAUCUUGUAUCGUCUCUCUUUCCUCUCUGUCCUCUUGUCGGUCCCAAGUUAACCUCGUGCUGCAAAAUGUACAUACAAAGAGUGAAUGUGUUCACUUUUUAUAGAUAUUUGUACAUGCAGACCAAGGAUUGAAAAAAAAAAAGUUUUUACCACAUGUGAAAAUGA